GUCCAUCCUAGUUUUAGGCCGUGAGCGUCACGCAGAGUCUACAGGAGGCGUGGAGGUAGACGUACGCGCGGGAGAUGUGGUUGUUGUCCCAGCGGGCGUGUCGCAUCGGUCGCUCAGCGCCACAGUCGACUAUCGUUAUAUGGGGGUCUACCCGGAGCAAUGUCCCCGAUGGCGUAAUGACUUUUGCAAGGGUACAGAAGCGAUGGACAAGUUGGAAGAAGAGAUCCGAAAAGUGAUCAUCCCGGACCAUGACCCGGUGUAUGGCUUGGAUGGACCGUUGGCGGUGCUGUGGCGAAAGGCGUCCCGGGAGAGUAAGCUGUAGUCGAGAUAGGAUGAUAUCGGGACGUUACAUUUAGCAGACAACGCAGAGACCGUCCUGGAGAACAGAAACCGUCCCCGAACCGAUCCCGUGAUCGGAAUGAGCCCUACGGUGGGCACCGGAUGGACCGAACAGCUUGGAUUGAUAUAAGAUCAGAGCUAUAUCAGAACCAUAUCAAGUGGAAAGAUAUUCUAUCAAGCUCGUAUCCAAGCUCUUUUGUCUGGGUACUCGCGUCAUGUCUCUGUCAUCUUUUACAAAUGCCCUGUGCUCUAGCGAUGGGAGUCCGGAACGGGUCUUGCCCGCGUCGUGGUAUACAUCUCAGGAGAUGUACGAACUUGAACGACGGGCCAUUUUCUCCAAAAAAUGGCUGCUAACCACGCAUAAGCGCCGCUUAGCCACCACCGGGGAUUUCGUUCGCGAUGAGAUCGCAGGCUUCCCAUUCAUCCUGGUGCGGGACAAGGAUGGCGGGAUCAAUGCCUUCCACAAUGUCUGCCGACACCGCGCCUUCCCCGUGGUGACCCAGGAGUCUGGCACGACGCGUAUCUUCUCCUGUCAGUAUCACGGCUGGUCCUACGGCCUCAACGGGAAACUCGCCAAGGCGCCGGGCUAUCAGGACCUGGCGGGUUUCGACAAGAGCCAGAACGGCCUCUUCCCGAUCCACGUCCACAUCGACGAUGGCGGGUUCGUCUGGAUCAACCUGGAUGCGGGAGAGAGCCCGGAGAUUGUAUGGGAAAACCGAUUGAAGGGUCCGAAUCAGCAGCAGCGGAGUGAGAACGAUCCGUUCGACAACUACGAGUUCCACCACACUUGGGAGCGGGAGGCGGCGUACAACUGGAAGCUCCUGGCAGAUGACGGCGGCAUCAUCCACGCCAACCUCCAAUCGGAGAAGGUAACCAGCACGGGCUGUUUCCCAAACGCCUCCCUGACGGUGUCGCCGCAUUGGUUCUGCAUCCAGCGAUGCGUGCCCACCUCAGCCACCAGGUGCGUCGUGCGCCACGAGGUGUACCGCAACCCGAACGCCAGCGACGAGGAUUUUGACCAGACCUACAUGUCGUAUCAGCGGAUUAUGUGCGAAACCCAGGAUCAGUGCGCCAGCACACAAGAGGAACUGGUCAACAGGGACAUCGGGAUCGGCGACCGGGAUCCCCCAGUGGAGUCGUGUUCGCCGGACUUUCAGACCAUGUGCCGGGAGUUGGUGCUGGCGCAUCACCGGCGCGAAGACGAGGUACAGAAAGAGAUUUGGCCCGCGCGACAGCAACUCCCAUUGACAGCCUUGGCAAGCCACGAUGAUCUGGACUUUUGCUCCCGGCUGACGGCAUCGAACGAGGGCUGCGAAUCUUCGGGUCUGGCGGGAAAGGGUUGCUCGGGAAUGUGUACAUCGGCUGCCACUAAGGCCCUUGCGUACUAGGAAUGCACUAGCGAGUGUUUGAGGGUCCUGUAUUCGGUUUGAAUUUCAGUCGUAGUACUUUGUUCUGGUUCAGAAGUGGGUCGGUCGUGGUUAAGUGAUAUUCACCACCACUCAGUGAUGGUCUGUCUGCAUUGACUUUUUUCUGUCACCCUGCUUUUUCUUCGUAUUAAAAGGAGACAUUGUAUUUCCAACCAUCCCGUCCACGAAGCCCCUGGUAUUGCUGUCAGAUCGCCUUCCUUAUCACCAGUAUAGUUUGGACCGUCCAUCGUCCGAUGGGUGUGGGUGUAAAACCAGCACCUCUCGUCCACACGAACAAAGCAGAUUGAUAACAAUGCAAAAGGAUCACUUGAUCGACAUUGGAAUGGGUCUCCCGGGACAUUUUAACCCUUUCUAGGAACGCUGGGGGCAAUCUAGACCCGGACGGACCGCUUGAACGGACCGGGAUAGCCAACUCACUAGCAAUGUGGAACGCCAUGAGCGGGGUAGACCGUCACAAGCCCGACUGAACUGGGAACAUCAUAGAUACUGUCGUCUAUCCUGGUCCGGUCGAGUCUCGCGGAUGGGG